GGUGUCUGUGAGAAAUGUUCUUCUCUCAGAGCAGUUUCAACCCGAGCGUCGGAAGAAUAAUGGAAAUACUUCGGUUUUUCUCAACAUGUCGUAGCUCUUAAAAUAAGACGAAAACAACAUAAACUGGAGUCAAACUUUUGUGCGCACCCGUGAGGAUUUACGCAUGGAGAAACGUUCACUUUUUAUGUAUAUAGUCCAAAAACAUUCUGUUUCAUUUUUUGUACUUCAAAUGAAUUAAUCGAUAUAUUGAUUCUGAACGAAGAGUGAUUUCGUUACUCUGCGCUGGAUCUCCACCACCUGCUCUUCACAUAUGGGAGUCUCCUGAUCUCCAACAUCUCCCGACUGACAUCGGUGAUCGAUUGGAUUGAUUGGGAAGACAACUAGCCCUUGAGAUGGACACAGUUUUCAUAUAUUAAUAAUGACCAUCGCAUUGAGAUCGCCAAACUGAAAACUUGGGCUCAGCUGAAAGUCUGAACUGGUGGACGAUGAAGACAGUUUCAUAUAUUCUUGCUGCGUUGAUCAUCUGGAACUCAGCAGCCUGUGUAAGUGGAGAACAAGAACAUUUUCUAGAGCCCUCUGAGUCCCCCUGGACUCUGCAGUCUUUGGCAGAGGAGGAAACGCGUUUACCCUGUCGAUUCAAUGUAUCGAACAGUGAGAUUAAGGUGGUGCAGGUGAUGUGGAUUCGAGAAAACUCAAAUGGAGGUGAAGAACAGAUUAUCACUGCUCAUUUCAGUGAAGGCCAGACAGAAAGCCCUGCAUACACAGGGCGUGCUCGAUUCGCAACCAGCGACCCAAUAGCAGACUCUGCUCUGAUUCUCAUGGGCACACGUUCUGCAGAUGAGGGCAAAUACAUCUGCAAAAUCGCCACCUUCCCCGCUGGAAACUUUGAGACAGAGAUUUUGGUCACAGUGUGGAUUAAACCCAUUACGUCCCUGCAGCCGUUCGUCCUGGUUGAGGGCCAGUCAUUCCGUUCGGCCGCUAUAUGCCGUUCGGUGGCUAAGCCGAUGGCAGGCCUCUCCUGGGACACGGAGCUUGCGGGUCAGAGUCAGAACCGUAGCUCAGAUGGUGAUGUGGCCUCCAUCCAGUUUUCUCUCCACCCUCUCCGUAACAUGAACGGGCAGAAGCUGGACUGUCUGGUCUGGCAUCCAUCGCAAAAAGGCCCAGUGAGGUUCUCCAAUAACCUUGUAGUACACUACCCUCCGAAUGCAUUGAUAUCUGGCUAUGAUGACAACUGGUAUGCUGAAAUGCAAGAAGCUACGCUGCAGUGCAGUGGUCAAGGAAAUCCAGAACCUCAGAGAUUCAACUGGACGAGGAAAGAUGAAGCUCUACCAGAGGGUGUGACUGUGGAAGGAGGCACGCUGCGCUUUUCCAGGCCCCUGAGCUUGACAGAUCAAGGAGUUUAUGUCUGCACCACCACCAAUGAGGUGGGAUCUGGAAAAGCUGAGAUUCGAAUAAAUAUAUCAGAGUCGUCUCCGAGAAACGCAUUAGUGAACUACUUGAUGAUGAUUAUUAUUGCUGGUGUUGCUGCAGUGAUUGUUCUCACUCUUAUCAUAGUGAUAAUUUCAGUAAACCGCUACUAUAAGCGCAAAAAUCAACAACUGGCUAUAGAGCUGGUUGCAAAAAAGGAGGAAAUCAGCACUCUAUCGAGACAAGCCUCAAUUAGGAGAGUCAACUCAGGAAGCACAGACAACAGAUACUCGGAUGACAAUAAUCCUUUAAGAGUUGAAGGAACGAUACGCACAAGUUUCUCUUCACUGGAUCGUCCUCGCUCCAGGGAUAGUCGGUCCACGCUGGGAGGGGUGGACUCACUCGGUCGCCCUGCAAUUUAUAACACGUCCAGAAGAGGCCGAGACAAACUGAUGGACAGAACUGAAAAAGAAGCUCAGCUGAUGAUGGAGUCUUAUGAGCAGGACAGUAACGUGUCACAGGAAACCCAACUUCUCCCUCCUCUCCACCCCUCUUCUUAUUCAAUGGAACAGGCUGUUGAAAUUGUGCGGUCUCGGAACGGCAGCGCCAUUCUCCCAGCAGAGGGGAGGCCGCAGUCAGGAGGAAGCAGCAGAGGGGGCAGCAGAGGGCAUCAUUCGCCCUUAGUAUCCAUGUACCCGACUCUUACGGAUGAGGAAGAGGAAGAUUCUGUGAGCCCUACGGAUUCAGGAGUCCACAGAGGUUUAAUAGAGACUGAUGGAUUUGAGAACGGCGGCAGCGAGACGGCGAGUUCUCAGAUAUCUGAGGCGCUAUCCAGUCAUUUUGAGCACACUAACGGCACGCUAUGGCCCAAGUCAAAACCCAAUAACAUCCUGCUCCCAGCCAACACAACCCUUUUCCUUCCGCCGCAUAGCCCAACUAUCCACAAAGCUCAGAUCGUUUAGAGUGUUUGUAUGGAAACGUCCAUAUAAACACAGUUGAUAUUACAACCGAAGGAUGUGUUCCUCUGUAAUUUCACUCGACCCAAAAAUGCUGUGUCUGGACAACCAACCCAAAAAUUGAUCUUUUGUAUGAAUUUUUAUAUGACUACAUUCUCAAGGUGGCAAAAACAUGGACCGAAUGACUGUCAGGCCAUAAUCUAAACUCAAACCUGCAAAACAAUACCAGCAUUACUUAAACAGUCCCUCAAAUAAUUGUGUAAUCCGGAACUGGGACGCUUGAGUAUUAUGGGUCACAACAUGUGUUUCACGUGCAGAUUAACUGGAAUCCGCCAGAGUUGAGCAGCAAUGGAAUUAAGAUCUUUUAUUAUUGUUAUUGCAACCUAAGGCUUCACUUGAAUUGCUGUUGAGGGAGAAAAUACUACAUGAACUGUUUUCUGGUCAGUUAAUCCUUCACUGUGACUUUUUGGCCUUGAUGUCUGUAAUCCAGAGAUGUAAAAAUGGUGUUUCGAUAUAUAUAUUUUUUAAUAUAUGUGUGUAUUAUGUAUUGUGACAGGAAACUACCCACUGCAUGAAUAGUAUUAUGAAGUAUUGCAUUACCUUGUUUUGAAAAUGGCUCCUGCAUGUUCACCGAAUGUCAUUGUAGGAGUGACACUGUCAUUGUUUACAGCAUAUAUACUUCAUUAUGUACUAGUGCUUUAAAUGUAUUUAGUUUUAAUAAGUGGGCAGUGUUACCGCAAGCUCCUGAGAUACUCUUGUGAACUUUCUAUCUAACAAAAUAUAAAGCCAUGGGUCCUGAUGGUAACUUUGGCGUAUUCAAUUCACUGCAGUGUAUGGGGGUUAUUAAAUCAACCCUAAUUAUACUGCAUAUGUAUCUAUGUUAGAUGAAUUUCAGAAAACACAAUGUUAAAUCAGGACAUUAUUGUUCGGUGCUUUUCAGCCUAAAUUUGAGAAAAAAAUGUACCAUAUCAACCAUAGUUAACACCAAAAUGCUACAAUAAAACUGGGGUUACUGUGAUAUUAACCACCACUGUCAAAAAAAAAAAAA